AUGCAUCACGAGAUUGUCGCUCUCGAGGAGCAUCAGCAGCCCCUCCCACUUGACGGCUUCAGCUUCCCCGCCACCAUUACGCACAACCUGACAGCCUACGCGACGACGUCGACGCGCGAAGAGCUCCACUCGCGCAUCCGCAAUGCCACGAUAGUCAUCACAACCACUAUCAAGCUCGAUGCCGAAACAUUGCGCCCCAGUGUUACUCCAAACCUCCGCUACAUUGCCAUUUCUGCGACGGGAACAGACCCUGUGGACCUCGACGCCUGCCGGGCCCGCAAUAUUCGUGUUACAAACUGCCCUGGGGCCAAUAUCGACGCUGUUUCGGAACAUGCCAUAGGCCUGUACUUCGCCGCCAGACGACGAACCGUGUUCCUAGACCGCGUUACUCGUGCACAGCCUAGCGAAUGGAAGACCAAGGGUAGUGUCAAUCAGCACAUGCGCCUGCCGGAUGGCAUGCCUCCGAUGACCUGCAAAGAUGAGGUUAUGGGUGUUAUCGGCUAUGGGGGCAUAGGGAAGCGAGUGGCUGCGCUCGGGCAAGCAUUGGGCAUGCGCGUGCUUAUCGCCAGUCGCAAGACACCGGCGACGCCUCCCCUUGACGGCGGACUACCACUGCCAGCCCCGGAUGCUUCAGACGACCGCAUACCCUUUGACCAUGUGCUCCGUAACUCCACCGUCCUUGUCCUAUCUCUGCCGCGAAACCCCGAGACGCUCAACCUCAUCUCCACCGCAGAGCUCGAGAAGAUGCAUCCAUACACCGUCUUGAUCAAUAUCGCGAGAGGCGGCAUAGUGCACGAGGCAGCCGUCGUGCAAGCCUUGAAGGAACGGCGCAUAGCGGGUUAUGCUACCGACGUGUAUCAGGUGGAACCUGUUGGUGGACCUGAGGAUUCUCCGCUGCUGGAGGAAGACAUAAAAGAUCUCAACGUCACCUUGAGUCCUCACUUGGCGUGGUUCUCGACAAGGUCAAUCAAGAACCUUGGUGAAAUUCUGAAAGAGACCAUCGAGGGAUAUGUGAGCGGUAACGACAUCAACGUCAUUCUCUGA